AUAGCACAUGCACAGCAUGUCACAUGGGCAGCAUGGCACAUGCAACAGCAUGUCACAUGCACAGCAUGGCACAUGGACAGCAUGGCACAUGACGGCAUGUCACAUGGACAGCAUGGCACAUGAUGGCAUGGCACAUGACGGCAUGGCACAUGACGGCAUGGCACAUCACGGCAUGGCCCAUGACGGCAUGGCGGAUGCAACAGCAUGUCACAUGGUCAACAUGGCACAUGGACAGAUGGCGCAUGGACGGCAUGGCACAUGAACAGCAUGACACAUGAACAGCAUGGCACAUGGACAGCAUGGCAAAUGAGCAGCAUGACAGACAUGCUGACCCACUCAGCUUCUUUUUAAGCACUCGACUGGUCACCCCAACUACUGGGAAUACUGGUUUACAGGGGUUAGUGGAACCCCUUAGCGUAGUGAAUGGUGAAGGGAAUGCUGCAUUGGGUACGGGAAUAAAUGUAAAAUAUGUGACCAAGCCUCAUGUUAUUGUCAGCCAGGCUCGGAGGAUACCAGUACGUAAACUCCAGUACUGUACAAAAUGCUGCCGGAACUCUUGCGGGAUUCGUGAACAAGCAACCGCACCGCACUCUCUUUCUUAAGGUUGUGUUCUGUGCAAUAUGGUGACUUCAAGUAUUCCCAUUCCUGUAACCCUCGAGUUAUUG